AGCAUGCGCGAGUCGUCUCGUCUUCCUCGGCUUCAUUGCCUUCUCGACUUCGCGCUCUUUUAUUUCUCCCCUUAAUAUUGUUUCUAUUAUAGUACCGUCGCCGCUGCAACUCGUUGUUUCACCGGAGGUCUCAGCCGGUUUUUAAUCGGCGAAGAAGGUUUUUUGCUUAAUUUGCUUGAAAAAACGGAUUUUUUCUUGUUCUGGUGAUGGAUCCUUUCUACUGUGUAGUGAAGAGAAGUAAGUCUCACACCACAUUCAGAGAGGAGAGUUUGUCUGGCGCUGAUGGUGGGAGUCGCAGUAAGAAAGAUCACACUAAGAGGAAAAGCAGAAUGGCGGAAGAUUCUGCCCAUUACAUUGCUAAGAGAACUAGGUCUCAUGCUGUAGUGAUUAAUGGAAGUGCGUCUAUUGGAGAGAAUAGGAGGGAAGGCGGUACUGUGCCUUUGAAGGGAUGCAGUAGCAGUAGGGAGAGAAAGGGGCCUGCAGGAGAUGGAGGCAAGGAUUGGUUUUCUCCAGAAUUAGGGUAUGGGAGACGGAAGCGGAAUACAGAAAAUGAUGAACCUGUUAUUUUUGUUCUUGACAGCGACGAUGAUGAAGAAGAACGCAGAGGUCGAGGUGGUGCUGAAGAGGGAGCUUCCGAUUCUGAUAGCUUAGAGAAUUCUGACUUGGGGAGGAAAGGGGAUUCAAUAUUACAUGUCGCGAAGGAUGACAAUGUAGUUCAAACUAACAUCCAUCAAGAAGAAGAAGAAACAAAGGGAGAUAGUGAUGGGGAGGGAGCUGUUGCUCCAUAUAAUUGUGCUGCCAGGAGAACUCGAUCAAAUUGCGUUCAGGAGGGGGAUGUUCAGAAGUUUGUUUGUAUUGAUCUAGAUGAGACCCAAACAUCUUGUGAUGACAGCAGCAAGAAUCAAGAUUCUGUUGAUGAGGAUUUGGGAAUAAAUAAGUCCCAGAGAGAGCUAUCAAGUUCUUCAACUGAAGCCGAAGACGAUGAAAACAAUGCCAAUGUCAAGAUUGCAAGUAGCAAGAAUGAUGAUUUUGUUGAUGAGGAUUUGGGAAUGAAUAAGUCCCACAGAGAGCUAUCAAGUUCUUCCACUGAUGACGAAGACGUGGAAAACAAUGCUGAUGCUAAGAUUGCAACUAGCCAAAAUGAUUGUUCUUGCGAGUCAUCUACUGAUGACAGUGAAACGAAUGACGAUUCAGAAGAUGAGGAUUUUGUAAUAGACAAGUCCCAUGGAGAGCCAUCAAGUUCUUCCAGUGUAGAUGAAGACAAUGAAGACACGACAGAUUCUGAAAUUGCUAGGGAAAGAACUGUUGUUGGAAAAUGGAAAGAGAGAUUGGUAGAGCCUCGAAUGACAGGGUUUGGGUGUCAAAAUGGCCCUAAUAUUGAUACAGUUACCAUUGAUUUGAUUGAAUCCCAAUCCUCUGGUGAUGUAAGUGUUUACAUUGAUGAUUGUAGUGACGAGAAUUAUGGAAAGAAUGAUUCCCCUAUAGAGGAAUCAACUUCUUACUGGAAAGAUGCUGAGGAAGAGAAGCAUAUGUCUCAGAUAAAGAGAAGGAGAUAUUCUGGGUUGGAUAUUCUGAUGCCUUCUGACAAUGAGGAGGGCACACCCCAUUCAGUUUCUUGGGGGAAAUGUGUAGCACAGAGAACUCGAUCACACACUGGUUCAAGCUCUGAGAACAAGCAGAAAAAGCGUGGAACUUUGAGUCGUCCAAUUUGUUUUGAUGUGGAGGAGGAUAACUCUUAUACUGAGAAUGAUGAGGAUGAUGAUGAUGAAACCAGAAGCAUUGAUGAAAGCGACAGAGACAAUGGUAUCCGCAAAGUGGUUAAACAUAAUGGCACUGAUGAUAACAACUACGGUCAUGAUCGUGCGCAAAAUGAAGUUGGGGGAAAAAAGGAAGAGAGAGUUGGAAAGUCCACUAAGAGAAAGCGUGUCCAUGCACCAAAAGAUUUUGACCAGAUUUUCACAGCGCUGUUAAAUUUCAUUUGGGAUAAGGAGGAAGGGGAAGCGCUUUUGGAAAAGUUAACUUCUAAAUAUCACAUUCCCAAACAAGAAUUACAUAUACCUGUGGUUGAGACGAAGCUUCCAUUAAAGUUCUCUUUUGGAAUUGAGAAGCCCAUAGUACAGGAGAAGUCUGAUUAUGACAAAGAACUGGAUCAGUUGUGGGCGGAGUUUGAUUUUGCUCUUAAUUCCAGUGCGAUUGGUUCCUUUGGUUCUUCUCUGGUUGACGAUGAAGACAUUAAUAUUCCUAACACUGAAACAGAUCCAGCUACUCUUUGCAGUCAAGGGAAGCAUCAACUGACCCUUGACGAGAACAUUGGACUCCGAUGUAGGUGUUGCUCUUUCGUGGGGCUUGAGAUUAAAUAUAUAUUACCGUCAUGGGGAAGACGCCCUUUGGAGAGAUCACAACAGCAAACAUAUUCUGGUGAAGGGGAUGCCUAUAUGUUGGAUAAGCUUGAAUUUUGCACUGAUGGUGUUGCUUCCCAGCAUUCACAUAUUUUUGAUAAAGGCACUGUGUGGGAUAUCAUUCCUAGCCUUAGAAAGAAAUUGUAUCCACACCAGUGUGAUGGUUUUGAGUUUAUGUGGAAAAACUUAGCGGGAGGCAUUGAACUUGAGAUGUUAAAUAAGAGCAGAACUUCGGAUGGUGUGGGUGGGUGUGUGAUUUCACAUGCUCCGGGAACAGGUAAGACCCUCUUAACCAUUGUCUUUCUCAAGACAUACAUUGAAGUGUACCCAGACUGCCGACCAGUGAUUAUUGCUCCAAGCAGCAUUCUUCUCACUUGGGAGGAAGAGUUCAAAAAGUGGGAAAUUGGCAUUCCAUUUCAUAAUCUGAAUAGGAGUGAGAUCUCUGGGCAAGAAAUUGCACUUGUCCUUGGCUUGGCACAGCGGUGCCAAAGUGUGAACCAGAAACGUAUGUUGAAGUUGUAUUUGUGGUCAACACAGAAGAGCAUCCUAGGGAUUAGUUAUCGUCUCUUUGAGCAACUUGCUGGAAAAGGAUUUGCCAAAGCAGGUAAGAAAGGACAAAAGAUUGGACCUAACGCUCUAAGGAAGGAGACCCUAAGUAAGGAGAUUGGGAAGAUUCUUCUUGAGAAACCUGGACUUUUGAUCCUUGAUGAAGGCCAUACUCCUCGUAACAAUCGUACUGGCAUUUUUCAGGCUCUGUCGAAAAUAGAAACCGAAAGACGCAUCAUCCUCACAGGAACUCCUUUUCAGAAUAAUUUUCAAGAGCUCUACAACACCUUGUGCUUAGUGAGGCCCAAGUUUACUGAUGUGAUCCUGUCAAAAGGGAAAUGGUCAUCUCUAACAAGUUCUAUUGGAAAAUCUUCUGAUGAUGGGCUACAGGAGCUUAGAGGUAUGCUUGUUCCCUUUGUGCAUGUUCAUAGAGGUACCAUACUCAAAGACAAUCUUCCUGGACUGAAGAACUGGACGAUUUAUUUACGUCCAACCUCUUUGCAAAAGGAUCUCCUUGAUACAGUUAAAAGAAUAUCGAAUACAUUUGAGCUAGAACAUCUGGUGGCUUUAAUUUCAGUCCAUCCUUCUAUAUUGAACAUCAAAGCUCAUUUGUUUGGAAGGAAAGCUUUAAGCGGUAGACUCAAUGAAGGAGUGAAAACAAGGUUCCUCAUGGAACUCAUCCAGCUUAUUGAGCCAACGAAAGAGAGGGUUUUGGUUUUCAGUCAAUACAUUGAACCAUUGAAAUUCAUAAAGAACCAACUUCAUUCACACUUUGGUUGGACUGAAGGGAAGGAAUUAUUGCACAUGGGUGGAAACGAUGAGUUAAAGCAGAGGCAGUCCUCAAUCAAUCUCUUCAAUGACCCGGCAAGCGAUGCAAGGAUAAUGCUUGCAUCAACAAAGGCUUGUUCAGAGGGUAUACAUUUGAUUGGAGCUUCAAGGGUUGUUCUACUUGAUAUUGUUUGGAAUCCAUCUGUUGAGAGGCAGGCCAUAAGCCGAGCAUAUAGACUUGGCCAGAAAAGGUUUGUAUAUACAUAUCAUCUCAUUACAUCUGGGACAAUGGAGGAGGAGAAGUACAAAUCACAGGUUGAGAAGCAGAAGAUAUCAAAGUUGGUUUUUGAUUCAAGGCACAUGCAUGGUGAGAGGAAGAAUGCUUCAUCAAGAGUCCCUGAUGAUAAUAUCUUGGAAGAGAUGCUUCAAAACAGCAAGCUGAAAGAUCUAUUCGAUCAAAUAGAGAGUUACUGAAUUUAUUUAAAGACCUUGUAUAAACAGGAUCUCAAGCAGAUAUUUAUUAGAAAUUCAGUUAGAUCCUUAUUUUUUGACAUCUGAAAAUGAAGUCCAGCUGUAACAGGGCCAAGAAGUCAAGUGGCCUCAGAAAUUUUUGAUAUAGUCAACAUCCAAAUGUUCAGAAUGGCAAGUUCUCCAUUAACCAUAAUCUUUUUAUUAGCCCUUCAUUAAUUAAUUAGUUUGUCUAAA